AUGGGAAUCGGCCGCUGCCCCAUGGACGGCGCCGCCCCUUCCCCCUCCGGCCUCCUACCCUCACAUCACAGGCCACUGUCGUCCCUGCCCCCGCCUCCACCCUCCCUACCCCCACCGGAAAGGAACCCGCCUCCAUCCUCCCUGGCCACCGUCGCCUCUACCCCCGUCGGAAAGGAACCCACCUCCACCCUCGCUGGCCACCGUCACCCCUGCCCCGCCGGAAAGGAACCCGCCUCCACCUCCGUCACGAGCCAGCCGCCGAGGGUCACUGCCCGGAUCCGCGGCCGGCGCGCCCCUGACUCCGGCCAUGAUGGAGUCGCAAACGUCAUUGAAUCACUCAGUCCAUCUAUCAUUGAGGCAAUGAAUGGUGUAAUAGGAGAUGAGGGAGAUUUUGCAGUUCUGUAA